CUCUCGUUCAGAUUUGCCCGGGUGAGCUCAGUGCUUUUUAUCCGACUGAGGAUAAAUAGUUCAGCGUUUUUUGCCGCACAGUGUGCUGUGCGAUCUAAACAUGGAAACACUCGGCUUAGUCUCAGUGGCUGUAACACUUUUUUAUAUGCUGUUUGGCGCGAGGAUGGUACAGGUGAGGGAAAUGUAUCUUGCGUCUCGACAACCUGUCAAGAAUCAACUCCCUAAUUGUGCACUGCUGAAGAAUCUGAAUAAUGGUUCAGAGGAUAUAACUGUCUUUGGGGAUGGACUCGCUUUUAUCAGCACUGGUUUAAAGUAUCCUCGGUUGCCAUCCUCUGAUGAUCCUGGUAAGAUCUUCCUGCUCAAUCUGAAGGAGCCUGACAUGGAACCCGUAGAGAUGCCCAUAUCAGGGAACUUUGACCUGGAAACGUUCAACCCUCAUGGCAUCAGUGUCUACACAGAGCCAACCAAUGGCACAGUCUACUUGUUUGUUGUGAAUCAUCCUCAUUACGGAAACCAAGUUGAGUUGUUUGAAUUUGUUGAGAGGGAAUUGUCCCUGUCGCAUCUGAAGACCUUCAAACAUAAACUUCUUCACAGUGUGAAUGAUAUUGUGGCUUUAGGAGUGGAUCGAUUCUAUGCCACCAAUGAUCAUUAUUUUUCAGAUGUACUGCUGAAAAGUAUUGUGGAGCCUCUUCUGGCUCAACCUUUGAGUAACGUUGUGUAUUACAGUACAGAGAUGGUCAAAGUGGUCUCUAAUGGGUAUUACUUUGCAAAUGGCAUCAACGUUUCACCCGACAAAAGACACAUAUAUGUGGCUGAUGUCCUUGCCCAUAAUGUGCAUGUGUUGGAGCGGAAAGAAGACAAUGCAUUGGCCUUCGUCAAGUCCGUGGCUGUGGGCUCACUCUGUGACAACAUCGAAGUCGACCCAAAAACAGGUAACCUGUGGUUAGGCUGCCACCCCAACGGAUGGAAAGUUUUCAACAAUGACCUAAAAGAUCCACCUGGAUCAGAGGUCAUCCGCAUUCAAAACAUUCUCUCGGAGGAGCCAGUGGUGACACAAGUGUAUGCCGAUGACGGUCAUGUGAUUAUGGGCUCAUCUGUAGCGACGAUCUACGGAGGCAAACUGCUCAUUGGAUCCGUGUUUCAUAAGGCCUUAUGUUGUGAUUUAGAUUAGGAAAGGAAAUUUGAUCUCAGGGAAAAAAGGAGACGGAAAAAUGAAUGAAUGAAGAAAUGUGAAUUUGAACGAUUUAAUUUGAAUUUAAGGGUGCCUGUAAAGAGACAUAUUGAUGGUACUGCAUGUAGAUUAGUCUGAGAUUCAACCACACAGUUUGGAGCGAAUGAAGACAAAACAAAUAAAUUACAGAAAUAGCAAAAUACAUUGCAAACAAAGUCCUGGGUAUCACUUGGCAAUGAAA